CUGCACAGCUGCUGCUUGGACAAAAACAUACGAGACGCGUUUAUAAACUCGCAUUGAGAAAGGAAAGCACUUUAUUUAAGCUAACACGGAGUCAGAGAAAUUACUUUAAAGGAGCGACUACUUUGUGGACACGUGCAUUCAGUGACGGGCGCUUUACUUUUGACUGGACAGAUUGUUUUUGACUGAACAGCAAAUGAUUUGCACAUUGGAACUGACAGGGUCGUUUGUGACGGACGUCUUGUAGGACCAUAAAUCCCUUGUGGCUCUUUGGAUAAAGCGAUAAUGCAGUGUGCCGGGACUUUGGUGCUGCUGGGGACCCUUCUGGUCUCUGUGUUCUCAGCUGUCCACAGCAGCUCUUUGUCUUCCCUUCCACCUGCCUCGACUCCACGAGUCUUCCUGUCCUUCAAAGAGAUGAAGUCUACUGGAACCGUCCAUUACUUUGCCUUCCUGCUCAACUCGACAGACUACAGAAUCCUGCAAAUGGAUGAGGAUCAUGAUCGCAUGUAUGUUGGCAGCAAGGACUACAUACUGUCUCUAGACCUGAACGACAUCAACAAAGAGCCACUAAUAAUUCAUUGGCCCGUGGCUCCUCAGAGAAGGACAGAGUGUGUCCUAUCAGGGAAAGACAUCAAUGGUGAGUGUGGUAAUUUCAUCCGUCUAAUCGAGCCGUGGAACAGAACUCACCUGUAUGUGUGUGGAACGGGAGCGUACAACCCCAUCUGUACCUAUGUGGACAGAGGUCAAAGGCCACAGGGAUUGCUCCAAGAACAGAUGCCUCGCAUGGGAGGCCGAACCAAUCGAGCUGCAGAUCCUAGUGCCUCACCUGAGCCAUACGCACCCAAGGAAUACAUUUUCCGAUUGGAGCCUGGUAAAGUAGAUUCUGGGAAAGGGAAAUGUCCCUACGACCCCAAACUAAACAGCGUCUCAGCCUUGAUAAAUGGCCAGCUGUAUGCCGGAGUCUACAUUGAUUUUAUGGGAACGGACUCAGCCAUCUUCCGCACACUGGGGAAACACACGGCUAUGAGGACAGACCAGUACAACUCCCGCUGGCUACAUGAUCCAACUUUUGUCCAUGCUCAGCUCAUUCCUGACAGUGCAGAAAAGAAUGAUGACAAGUUGUAUUUCUUCUUCCGUGAGAAGGCCUCUGAGAUGGGUCAGACUCCCAUGGCUCAGUCCCGGAUCGGCAGAAUCUGUCUGAAUGAUGACGGAGGACACUGCUGUCUGGUGAAUAAGUGGAGCACCUUCCUGAAAGCUCGACUCAUCUGCUCGGUGUCUGGCUCUGAUGGAAUUGAGACACAUUUCGAUGAGCUUCGGGACGUGUACAUCCAGAAGACACAAGACACCAAGAAUCCCGUCAUCUAUGGCGUCUUCUCCGUGUCUGGGUCAGUAUUUAAAGGUUCAGCUGUAUGUGUGUAUUCAAUGGCAGAUGUGCGCAUGGUCUUCAAUGGCCCUUUUGCUCAUAAGGAAGGGCCAAACUACCAGUGGGUAGCCUACCAGGGUAAAAUUCCUUACCCUCGGCCAGGGACAUGUCCUGGAGGGACUUUCACCCCUAACAUGAAGUCUACCAAAGAUUACCCAGAUGAGGUUAUCAACUUCAUGAGGAACCAUCCUACUAUGUUCAAUGCUGUUUAUCCAGUCCACAAGCGCCCCCUAGUGGUCCGUACCAAUGUGGAUUAUGAGUUUACCACCAUCACAGUGGACCAAGUGGCAGCAGCAGACGGCAACUAUGAAGUUCUUUUCUUAGGAACAGAUAGGGGAACAGUUCAAAAAGUGAUUGUCCUGCCCAGAGAUGAUCUUCAGACUGAAGAACUGGUUCUGGAGGAGGUGGAAGUCUUUAGAGUUCCAACUCCAAUAACUACUAUGAAGAUUUCCCCCAAACGACAACAGCUCUAUGUAAGUUCAGCAGCCGGUGUCACUCAUCUGGCUCUGCACAGGUGUGAUGUGUAUGGAGAGGUCUGUGCUGACUGCUGUUUGGCCAGAGACCCAUACUGUGCCUGGGAUGGCAAAUCCUGCUCUCGUUACUCCGCAAACCAAAAAAGGCGGAGUCGGAGGCAAGAUGUGAAGUAUGGCAACCCUAUCAGACAAUGCAGGGGCUACAACUCCAAUGCCAAUAAGAACACGUUGGAGACAGUUCAGUAUGGAGUAGAAGGAAGCACAGCCUUCUUGGAGUGCCAGGCCAGAACUCCUCAUGUGUCAAUCAAGUGGCAUUUCCAGAAAGAAAACAGUGAUAGGAGAAGAGAGAUCCGUUCUGAUGGCCGUGUAAUCCACACAGAGCAGGGUCUCCUCCUGCGCUCUCUCCAGCUCUCUGAUGGAGGAGUGUACCAAUGCACCUCCACCGAGAAGAACUUCAAACACACGCUGGUCAAACUGCAGCUGGUGGUUCUCUCCGCCCGCACCGUCAACAGCAUCCUACCCGAGUCCACCGUGCCUGCUGCGCCCCCUCUCCAGUCCAGCGCCUGGACGCCCAGCGCCGAGCAGUACAAAGACCUGCUGACUAUCCUGAGCCAACCCGAGAUGGGCCUCAUCAACCAGUACUGCCAAGACUACUGGCAGAUGGGGGAUGACCCCGCCACCAACGCCCACAAGAAGAAGGACUUCAAGGAAGCACAGAAGGAGCUACGGAAGCCGCGGAACAGGAGGCACCACCAGGAGCAGAGCAGCAUGGCUGAGACAUGAGAGGGGAAAGCAUCCAGUUCUUCUUAAAGGAGAUUUCCCCUUGCACACUUAAUAACCCUGCUAUUGAGGUUGACUUAAAGGUGACUACCUUUACACAAAAAUAUUCAAGAGGUGCUUCUCUAUACUAAUUGAUGCUUCCUGGUUUCCUCACUCCUCCAUCCUCCAGCCUGUGACCCUGAAUUCAAUAGAAGUCUGCCAUCAUGACGGACAUGUGAGUUCUAUAAAUGUGUUGUGAAUAGGUAAGGACAGAGAAAACAGGUAGCUGAGGAGCUGGAAGACAAGAAACAUGGGAUAUGAUUUAUAGAUAGAUGCAAUUCAAUUUCACUAGUUAAAAUACUAAUUCUUGAUAUCAGCAAUGGAAUUACUACUAGUGAAAAUGCUAAUUUUUUAUAUCAGUAGUUAGUUUUGCUCUAGCAAAAUGUUAUUAUAAUUUUUUAUAUAUAAUUAUUAUUAUAUAUUACUUGUGGAAAUGCCCAUUCUUGAUAUAAAAAAUGGAACUUCAACUAGUAAAAACGUCUCUGUUUAAAAUCCUUUAGCUGCAUUUUCACAAGUAGAAUUUCACAAUGAUCUUUCAUUCACUCCUGUUUAAAACACAAUUACAGAUAUCUAUAAUUAAUUUAUUAUUAGUAGAAAUUCCAGUUUCACAUAUCAGCUACAGUAUGUGCAUAUACUGUUUGUACUUCUUAUAACCAGGGCUUGACAUUAACUUUUUGCCUCACUGGCAACUGUGGCUAGUGGUAUUCCAAAGUCACUAGCCCCUCAGCAUUUUCCCUAGCCAAAAUCCCCUGCCCCACAAAAAGUGAUAAAACUAACUGGAGACUGUAACCGCAGGCAUUUGUGUUGGACAUUUUAUUUGAACAAGAAUUAUAUGAGUUCAGCAGCACACAAACCUAAUGAUUUAAGUCAUCUCUUAGAAUAUCUGAAGGCAGACAUGACCAAUUAGAACAGGAAUAGAAUAGAACAGGUGGAAAACUUUGUCAAGAAUUUGUCCAUAACUCAAGGAAGUUCAGAUAUUAACCCCUUUGAACACCUAUAACCAUUCUAAAUUGUACUUGCCUAUAUGAAAGUUUAACAUUGCUCUUCCAUUUUUUAACAGUGGCAUUUGUGUUACUUCAGGAGACACAUUUUAGUUUGGAUGAUGUGUAUUUUAAAAAACCUUGUAAUCGAUGUUGAUGCAUGGUGCACUGUUGUCUCUUUACUUCAUCAGGUUCGACAUCCUCCAUAUAUUGGGUUAAAGUAGAAGAAUCUCUUUAGAUUUAAAAUGGGUCACAUAAGUUUUAUGGUCUCCGCUGGCCGCCACGAUAUUGAGUGAAGGACAACUGAAUCACGCAAGUUUCCCAGAGCUCUGCCGAUCUUAUCUCUGGAGCACGCUAAUAUGCACUGCAGCGGUACGCACGAAAGCCCACUUCAUUCGCCCGCACAGAUGCGUGUGUAAGUUAUGAGAGGUAUAUUUAGUGCUUAUAAGGCGCUGAACGUGAGAUGAAUACAAUUACAUUUACUUUGGCUGUGGCCAAAGUGGCUAGUAAGUUACCCACCACUGCUAUUUCUUCCUGCAUUUGGCAGGUUAUAUUUAUAAUUAUAAUUUUUUGAUAUCAGUAAUUUCAAAUAUCCAAAUAUCAAAUAUCUGUUAAUUCUUGUACAUCUGUAAAUUAAUUUCAACAUGUUGGAUUUGGUAUUUCAGGUAUGUGGAAAUGGAUUUCAGAUCAAAAAAUGAAAGAGUAACUAAAGAUAUCUUAAAAAGCUUUCUUACUAGUUACAAUAACAUUAUAGAUAUCUGAAAUUAGCAUUGCCACUGGUGAAAACCAAAUUACCAUUAUCAAAAAUUAGCAUUUUUGUUAGUUGUAUUUCAAUUGUUGAUAUCAGGAAUGGACAUUUGCACUAGUAACAUUGAUAUAAAAUAAUUAUUGAUUAAAAAAAAUAUAUAGAUAUAUAUAUAUAUUUUUUUUACUAGCAACUAGUACAUUACUGAUAUGUUAAAUUGGAAUUUCUGUGAAUGACAGAUCAUUGUGAAACUCUACUAGUGAAAAUGCAAUUACAAAUUUCAAAAAUUACGGCUUUUACAAAAAAAAAAAUAUAUAAUUUGAUACCAAGAAUUAGUAUUUCCACAUGCAAUGACAUAAUUUUUAAUUCAAGAAUUACAUUUUUUACUAGUGGAAACUUAAUUACUGAUAUUAAAAAAAUAGCAUUUUCACUAAUUAAAAUUUAAGAUAUCUAUAAUAUACUUCACAUGAUUAUAUGAAAAAAUGGCUUGCAAUGAAGUUCAUCCUAAGUAGAAGUCAUCUAGCACAACACUUAAAAGUCAAGUUUUAACUUUGCGGUUUAAAUAAACCAAAUAUUGUACACUUCAACGGUGCAUCUUGCUUAAUUAAGAUUUAUUGAGAAUGUCACCAUUAAUCAAGCUCUAACAACAUAAUUGAGCAGCUGCAACUUAAAUGCAGCAUUUUGAUGUGCAAAAUGUCACUUUGAAGUGAUGCUUGAGUGAGUAAGGAUAUGCAUUUUACAAAUACAACUUUGAUUCCUUUGUCCUCACAUUUCAUCUUUACAUCCUUUCCUCAUGUUUUAAGAGGGAAGAGCUAAGACGCAAGGAAAGGACAUGAGGAAGGGAAACAAGGAUGAACAAUUUUAGAAAUGAGAAGCACCCAAUGUUUACCAUAACUAUGCUGACCUGGGGGAAACAAACAAUGCAUUUCUGAAAAUCAGUAGUAUUUAUUGUAGGCUGUACAUAGUUAGAUUAUGUGGAUAUCUUUGUAUGGAAAUAAAACACACACACAAAAAAGAAAAAAUGUUCUGUAUAGAUCUGUGCAAAUAUUUUGUUAUCAUUGUUACUUCCCUUUCAGUAUAUUUAUUACAAUGGUAUUAACUUGUCAUAACACACUGUGUGACUGUUGUCAUGACAGAAUCUUUGGUGUAUGUACCACUAACUGGAUGAUGGACAGUCUGACUGCUCUUGACGUUUUGAUACCAGACCUAUUAUGUGACUGCACAAGGUUUUGCGACAGAAUUCAACGUAAAGUUGUGCAUUUAGUGGACUCUUUCAGCUGAGCACGUUCACAUUCUGCAGAUGUACAGAUCAAGCAAUCUUAGUAUUCUGUGAUCUCUCAAGAGACCUUGAAAAGGCAAAAAGAAACACUUCAAUAUCAUUGAAAAUACUCAUCUUUUAAUCUUCUUGAUCUUCCAUAUGUUGCUAUGCUAAUGUGUGUUAAAUAUAAGUCACGUCUGUGUGUUAAAAUAUUCGGUUGAUUUAUUAAUGACAGCGUUCUGUACAGUAUGUUCAACAUGUUUAUAUGUUUGUUUUUCAUUUAAAUAUGUGUUGCAUGCAAAUAAUCUAAAAAAGAAAAAAAAAAAAAAAGCUGUAUUAGACUUGGGUUCAAAACCUGUCCAUCUCUUUGCAAAUAGGAACUGUUUAAAGCAGCCUAUCAGGAAUAUUAUUUGUGUACCUCUCUGAAAAUUUUCAGUAAAAACACCAAGCAAGCACCUCUGUACAUUAUUAGGUGAUUUGGGCCGUAUAUAAGAGAUCAUCAUCUGGAACUUAACUUAAGGGGGCUCAUUUGAGUUUGCAUGAAAUGUAUUUGUACUGUACAGAUAUGUAGUUAUAUUCUGCAAAUGUUGCUGUGUAUAUGUCUACAGAUCGAGAGAGAGAGAGAGAGAGAGAGAGAGAGAGAGUGUGUGUAAGACAGAGAGACUGAUUUUUAAGACAAAGGACUUUGCGGAAAUAAGUGAUUGAAUCAAGCACAAUUAACUUGUAUGUGUUUCGCCUCUGUUAUGUGAUUUUUUUUUUUCUUUUUUUUUUUUUUAAACACAUAGCAAAUGGGCUGUUUGAAAUAACUGUUGUAAAUUUAUUUUGUUCUUUCAUUUGUAAAACAUUAUUCAUCACUGUGGUUUGUCCUCUUGUUUUGUCUUUCUUUAGGAUAAUCUAAUGUGACAAAAUAUCCAGAAUUAGAUGUUAUGGGCAGUAAAUGUUAUAGUAAUGUAUUUUUUAUUUGUUUUCUUUUCCA